GGCAACCCAAUGGAUCCAAUGGUAAUGAAAAGACCUCAGUUGUUUGCAGUUGGCAACAGCCCCCAUGCCCAGUCACAGCCAGGCAGUCCAUAUCCAGGGCAGUCAUAUGGGCCACCAGGACCACAGCGUUUUCCAAUGGGAAUGCAGACCCGGACUCCUGGUUCCAUGGGAGGAAUGCAGUAUCCACAGCAACAGAUGCCAUCUCAGUAUGGUCCACAAAGUGUAACUGGUUACUGCCAACAGCCAUAUUACAACCAGCAACCACAACCUCAGCAUCUGCCUCCUCAGGCCCAGUAUCUCUCCCAGGCCCAGCAGAGGUACCAGACACAGCAGGAAAUGUCUCAGGAAGGCUAUGGAACCAGGUCUCAACCCCCUGUCACCCAGAACAAACCUAACCAUGAAGAACUGUCCCUAAUCCAACAAGAGAGACCUUCAAGUUUACCAGUUGAAGUCUUAGCCUCGGAGGAUGCUUCAUUUGGACUCAAGGUCUGUAGAUGGUGA